AUGAAAUUUGUGACAGCUAGUUUUAACGUCGGGUAUCCUGCUUAUGGUGCCAAGUUUUUGAAUAAUGAUACGUUACUUGUGGCAGGCGGUGGAGGUGAAGGUAAUAAUGGUAUACCAAACAAGCUGACGACCUUGCGCGUGGAUCCCACUAAAGACAAUGAAAAGGAACAGUUUUGUGAGUUGAGCGAGUAUACCUUGGAAGAUAGUGACGACUCUCCUACGGCAAUUGAUGCUUCCAAGGGUAUCAUCCUGUUGGGGUGCAAUGAAAAUAGCAUUAGGAUAUCACAAGGUAAGGGUAAUAAACACUUGAGAAAAUUCGUAUAUGAUGGAGCGAACGACCCAUUAAAGUUUGUUACUAGCGUGGACUUUGAUAGAUCCACGAACGCUGAUGACUACACGAAGUUAAUAUAUAUUUCACGGGAAGGUACCGUGGCAGCCAUUGCAUCAUCCAAAGUACCUGCUAUAAUGAGAAUCAUUGAUCCGGUUGAUUUAACCGAAAAGUUCGAAAUUGAAACUAGAGGUGAAGUGAAAGAUUUGCAUUUCUCCACAGAUGGCAAAGUUGUUGCUUAUAUCACCGGUUCUAGUUUAGAAGUGAUAUCGACUGUUACUGGGAGUUGUAUCGCUAGGAAGACGGAUUUCGAUAAGAAUUGGAGUUUAUCCAAAAUAAACUUCAUAGCCGAUGAUACUGUAUUAAUUGCAGCCUCAUUGAAAAAGGGUAAAGGUAUCGUGUUGACCAAAAUAAGCAUCAAAUCAGGAAACACUUCUGUGCUGAAAUUCAAACAAGUCACAAACAAAUUCAAAGGCAUUACUUCCAUGGACGUUGAUGUGAAAGGCGAACUGGCAGUAUUAGCAAGUAACGACAAUUCGAUAGCUCUUGUGAAGCUAAAGGACUUGUCAAUUUCCAAAAUAUUCAAACAAGCUCAUAGUUUUGCCAUCACUGAAGUUGCAAUAUCUCCAGACUCUACAUAUGUGGCAAGUGUAUCUGCGGCCAACACCAUUCAUGUAAUAAAACUUCCAUUCAACUAUGUCAAUUAUACGUCAAUUAAGGAAAAAACCUUCAAAUUUUUCAACAACUUCAUCCUUAUCGUGUUGCUUUCUUAUAUUUUGCAAUUUUCUUAUAAGCACAAUUUGCAUUCUACACUGUUUGAUUAUGCAAAGAACAAUUUCAUAGUCAAGAGGGAUACCAUCUCUUCGCCCUAUGUCAUUAAUGAAGACCUGCAUCAGACUACUUUGUUUGGUAAUCACGCUACAAAAACGGCUGUGUCCCUCGCAGAUUCCAUAAGAGUGCAUGGCAUGCAUGAGACAGACCUUGCGAAUGCAAUCAAACACUCGGAUAUUGAAACUGAUAAUAUUGAUACGGAAGCAAUUGAGGUUGAAGUGACCAACGUAACUUUUGGGGGGAAAGAUAAUGCUUGA